UCCUCCUCAUCCACGGCGCGGAGGAGCUCUGCUCUUUUUCCGCUUCUUCCACGUCUUGUUGUGUUGCGCUUUGUUUGUUUUGCAAGCGCAUUGAAGGAGAGCGUGCGCGCGCGCCUGUGAGCCUCGCGGGCUCGCGCACGCCCAAUGACUGACACGCCGUGCGAGCGCAGGCACUAAACGUGUCACUCUCUUUUUUUUUUUCCCUUCUCGCUCCCGCAGAGUGUCACGGAAGCUCCCACGGCCCGCAGCACGGAAGCCCCCCCCCCUUCGCCCGCCGCUGCCCCCCACGAGAGUUCAUGAACAGCUGCCGUACUUUUGGGGCCGCUAAGGUAGGAAAUAGUCCCGUCAAAAGAGGGUCUUGCAACGAAGGGGGGCCCGCCUCCCUUCAGUUCCCCGAGCUACCUCCGGCACAUCCGUACGGAGAUUUCAUGCAACUUCGCGGACCUCCGGUUUUUUUUUUUGUUUUUUUUUUUUCUUGCGGAAAUACUCUCUACGAGUAAUGCGUUAAAAGCUCCAUUUUUAUUUUGAAAUACUCAAGCAACGCGAAAGACGGAUCUACGCGAAGACUCCCGGGACUCGCAGCCGCUUUUUUUUUUUUUUUUUUUGGGUUGAGCCGUUCGGGGUCUGCAUGAAAAGUCCAGCAGCGGCAGCAUGCCGAGGAGGAAGCAGCAAGCACCGCGGCGCUCAUCAGCUUACGGUCCAGAGGACGAAUUUGGAUCCGACAAGGCAGAUGAAGAGGAAACCCUUCAGGAUGACACCCCGUCUCCCGAGGGACGGGACACCGACUACUUGUUCAACGACGAGGAGGACGCCGGGGAUCGAUUCAGCUGCCAGAACUCGCCGUUCAGCAACGGCACAAACCCGGACGCCGGCUACGCCUCGCCGCUCAGCGCGGCCAGCGACCACCCGGCGGACCUGGAGAGGCCCCCCUCGGUCGAUGGCGCUCGGCAAAAUCUGGAGGAGAAACACGAUGAGACCGUGGAGCCGCUCAACGGCCUCUCUUUGCGGGACAGUUUGGCCAAAAUGAAAGCCGUCUACGCGAACUUGAUGUCGGACGCCUCGUGGAGCAUUGCUUCGGACGUGCCGAAAGCUCAACCGAAAGACCAGGUCGCGUUCGGCAAGAGCAACAAAAGCGAACAGCACCACGAGAGCAACGGGAUCCUAAACAACCACGGCCGAUCAAACGUCCCGUCAAAGAGCCGGUCGAGCGGCCCCUGCGCUAGCGCCAAUCUGACUACCGUGGCAUCACGAACGGCAUCCGACGGCACGGGAGUCAAUUCGGGGCUAGCCUACGACUGGCACCAGGCGGCUCUGGCCAAAACCUUUCGCCACACGCCCUACCAGCUUCUCCCAGAACCGAGCCUCUUCAGCACCGUCCAGCUGUACAGGCAAAACAACAAGCUGUACGGACCCGUGUUCACGGGCGCCAGUAAGUUCAGGUGCAAGGACUGCAGCGCGGCCUACGACACCUUGGUGGGCCUGACCAUUCACAUGAACGAGACGGGCCACUACCGCGACGACAAUAAGGACACGGAGGGCGAUCGGGGCAAGAAGUGGUCCAAGCCUCGUAAGCGCUCCCUGCUGGAAAUGGAGGGCAAAGAGGAUGCCCAGAAGGUUCUCAAAUGUAUGUACUGCGGCCACUCCUUUGAGUCCUUGCAGGAUCUCAGCGUCCACAUGAUCAAAACAAAACACUAUCAGAAAGUGCCUCUGAAAGAACCCAUGCCGGCUCUGGCCUCCAAGCUGGUCCCGCCCACCAAAAAAAGAGCCUUUCAAGAGUUAAUGUCGCCCGGCUCCCCCGACUCUGCGUCCUCCGGCGUCCCGCUGGGAGAGACGGCCAAAGAGCAGAGGCUGAGCAAUCCUUACGUCACGCCCAACAACCGCUACGGUUACCAGAACGGUGCCAGCUACACGUGGCAAUUCGAGGCCCGCAAGGCGCAAAUCCUCAAAUGCAUGGAGUGCGGCAGUUCCCAUGACACCUUGCAGCAACUGACGGCGCACAUGAUGGUCACGGGUCACUUUCUCAAAGUCACCAACUCGGCGUCAAAAAAGGGGAAGCAACUGGUUUUCGAUCCCUCUAGCGAGGAGAAAUUUCAGUCCAUCCCGUUGCCGCCGACGACUUGCAAGCUCCCGGUUCCCGACGAGAAGUCGCAAACCGACUCCCCUUUGCGGCCGGUAACGCCCGAGGAGGAGAAAGGCGAGGGAGAGGAUGGUGAGGCAGACGAAGAGACUGAAACCACAUUGGAAGUAGAGACAAAAAUUAAAGAAGAGAAGGAAGAUCCACCUGAGAAGUCAGAUAAGCCAGAGGCCAAGUCCUACCAGUAUCUCAGAGAAGAGGACUUGGAGGAGGCACCUAAAGGCGGACUGGACAUCUUGAAAUCAUUGGCAAACACGGUGUCGAGCGCAAUAAGCAAGGCCCAGACGGGCACCCCGACGUGGGGCGGCUACCCCAGCAUCCACGCCGCCUACCAGUUUCAGGGCUCCCUCAAGUCGACGCUUCCGUCUUGCGCCCAGGUUCAGCCUUUAUUCAGGAGCAGCUCCGUAAAGGUAGCGCUUCCCCCCGACUCGUCGCCCGGCAGCCCGUCGUCGUCGCCGAGCCACAAGAACAACGUGCAGGCCAUGGAGAAACUGGUGGAGAAGGUGACUGGGAAAAGCCUGGGGAAAAGUGAGAAGGAAGAGAAAGGCAGGUGCGCCAAGUCGCCGUCGCCGAAUUGGAAGGAUAAACGUGUUUCGCCCAAUCCAGAUAAGACCGACAGAAUUCAUUGGAGAAGUAAAGAGAGUAGAAAGGGUAUGCGGAUGAAGGAGGAGGAAGCAAGGUCCCCUAAAAAGGCACGUGAUGACGUCCGCAACAACCUGAGCAUCAUCACCGACCACUCCCCAGAGCGGCCCCUCCUUAACCCCCUCAGCGCACUGCAGUCUGUCAUGAACACCCACUUGGGCAAAGCCGCCAAGGUGACCGUGCCCUUCGGCGACCCCUUCGCCGCGCUGCACAAGCUCAACGGCAAGUCGGCGGUCACCAAGCCGGCUGACCUGUCGGCCGAGUACCAAAACGAUGAGCAGCCCAUGGAUUUGACCAAAUCGAGGAGCGCCCACGGACCGGCCCCUGCGAACGGUACCGCGGUGAACCCGCAACCGGUCUCCAAAAGCGCGUCCCGGUCAUCAUCCCCUCCCCUGGGCGAGAACGCUUUAAUGGACAUAUCAGACAUGGUGAAGAAUCUGACGGGCCGCUCGACGCCCAAGUCCACCACACCGUCCUCCGCGUCGGACAAGUCGGACGUCGACGGGGGGACUUUGGAGGAUGGGGAGCUGUCCCCCGUCCAGAGGAGGAAAGGGCGGCAGUCCAACUGGAAUCCGCAGCACCUCCUGAUCCUCCAGGCACAGUUCGCCUCCAGCUUGCGCGAGACCGCCGAGGGGAAGUUUGUCAUCAGCGACCUGGGCCCGCAGGAGCGGGUACGCAUCUGCAAAUUCACCGGUCUCUCCAUGACCACCAUCUCGCAUUGGCUGGCCAAUGUGAAGUACCAGCUAAAGCGGACCGGCGGCACCAAGUUCCUGAAGAACAUGGACACGGGGCAGCCGUUGUUUCUAUGCGGCGACUGCGCCUCCCAGUUCAGAACUCCUUCCUCCUACAUUCGCCACUUGGAGUCCCACCUGGGCUUCACCCUGCGGGACCUCUCCAAGCUCUCCAUAGACUUCCUGGAGCAGCAGACGGUCGGCAGGACGGACGAUAAGACCCUCGGUCAGUCGGAGUUCACGGAACACGACGACGACGGGUGCAAACCGUGCGUUAGGCCCUUUGUGACCAAGCACGCUAUCAAACUGCACCUGCGCAAGACGCACGGCAACUCGCCCGAGGACCACUUGAUCUUUGUCAAAGAGUUUGACAAGCAGUGACUAGAGCGCGCCGUUGCGUUACGGGACAGACGUGGCACCCGAAAAGCCUAGGUUGAAUCCGUGGGAACCACAAAUGUACAAAGCGUCGUCACGGCGCACACGGUGGCUUUGCCAAUCUGUGUAUCGCGCUUUAUUUCCAUGUUGAAUUGGCAAUGGGUGAUGUUGGACAUAUAAACAGUCGCGUAUGUUGUUUGUUGACUUUGUUGUCGUUUGGGUCAAAUGCAUCAAAUGUCAGGGCGAUGAUGAAUUCAUUUGUAAAGCAUAAGUUAUGUUCAAACUGUUGUCUUCUGAUGAUGUCACAGGGGGGAACGAUCCAACCCCCUCCCGUAAACAUAUAUAUAAUGGGGGAAAAAAAAGACGUAAAGAUUGGAAUAGGUCGGGGUGAUGUAAGUUGCCGCAAUUUUACCUGUCACCCGCCGUAUCAUAUGCAGGACAAACCUUUUUGGUAACGACCUCAAUGCUGCUCAGUCUUGUGUGUUCGGUGUAGUUGAUUGAAAUGUAAUUGCGAAAGCCGGUCAAUGUUGGUGUGGAAUUGAAAGUUAUUGAUUUGUUUUUAAAUUUCAUCCUGGAAAUGGAAUCAUGGAAAUAAAGCAUGAUACACAGAAAAUUAUGCCACAUAGUGUAAGAAAUCAUUGAUGCAUUCUGGCCAUACUAGGUGGUGCAAGGUGUUUUUUUUCCCUUGCACCGUCCCAAAGCCAAAACAUUGCGGGUUGCUGUAAAUUGACCAAAACGGCGUCGCAACCGUGUUGUGGGCGCACUGCAUCUUUUAUGAGCCUUUGGGAACGGUCCAUCUGUCGUUUUAAAAGUGGACCGGCGCUCCCCUGUUUGUGUCACGGUCAACGCGCGUAUUAUUUAUGAGCUUGUUUGUGCAUGUUUUAAUGUAAAGCGGCGGGCGGGCGGGCGGACGGCAAAUGAGGGGAAGCUCCAUUUUGGAACAAUUGACAACCAUUGAAAUGAAGGUGAAGCGGUUGAAGGAUGCUGUAAAAGUGUUAGCGUAGCUAUUUAAGCAAGUGGCAAGGAAUGAAUAAAUCACAGGCGCUUUCAAAAGAAAGGUAGCAUCGCAAGUAUUUGCAUUAGUUGGGUGAUUGUUGUAAAAGGAAGCAAGUGUGAAUAAUGAGCAAGCGGAUGCGCGUGGGCAUAUUUCGCUUGUUCCAAUGCCACAUUGUUUGUACCGUGUAAAUUUUUAUAAUGUUAUUUUGUAAACAAAGAUGGCCGAAAGCGUAUAAUGUUAGGUAUAGUUCUGAUUUUUAUUUGUCAUUAAGUGUGGUUACCACAAAAGCACUUGUAACGCAAAAAUGAAGGAACAAAUUGAUUUUCUUGGAGUUUAUCUUGUUAAUUUUCAAUGAUGCUAUUUUUGUCUUUGGUUGUAAAAUAAAGGCCAUGGUUUCAACUUCAA